ACCUUUGUGGAUAUCACUUUUAAUGCUUUCGGUACACUCCAAAGAGAUGCUCCUCCGCUUCAGAUUUCACCUAACUACCCCGAUCCACCUCCGGCUACCGAUGAUCCCACCACCGCUUUUCCCUUUGAUGCUUUAGUUGCAGCUCUUCCGUUUUCAAACGGAGGUGAAGAAUCUCAGUUGCAAAGAAUUGCUGAACUCCAGGUGGAAAAUGAUGUUAUUUGCCAAGAUCUCCAAAAACGAUUAGAGGCUGCAAGUAAAAAUUUCCUGGCUAACUUUGCUCAUCUAAUGGAGCAAAAUCUAUCCAUUAUGCGAUUUACAAACUAA